AUGAUUGUGGGAACAGCCCUCUUCCAGUCUAGCAGCUAUGGCAAAGAGGACAAGCUGCUCUGCUGUCUUGGUGAGGAAGCCUCUGAGCCUGGUGUCUCGAGUUUCACAGAGGCCCUGCACCGCCCCUAUGGCUGUGAUGUUGAACCCCAGGCACUGAACGAAGCCAUCAGAUGGAGCUCCAAGGAGAACCUGCUUGGAGCCACUGAGAGCGAUCCCAAUCUCUUUGUUGCACUUUAUGACUUUGUAGCAAGCGGUGACAACACGCUCAGCAUCACCAAAGGCGAGAAGUUGCGAGUCCUGGGCUACAACCAGAACGGUGAAUGGAGUGAGGUACGUUCGAAGAACGGGCAGGGCUGGGUACCCAGCAACUACAUCACACCAGUGAACAGCCUGGAAAAGCACUCGUGGUACCACGGGCCGGUGUCCCGCAGCGCAGCAGAGUAUCUGUUGAGCAGCCUCAUCAAUGGCAGCUUCCUGGUCCGGGAAAGCGAGAGCAGCCCAGGGCAGCUGUCCAUCUCGCUCAGGUACGAGGGACGUGUUUACCACUACAGGAUCAAUACCACCUCAGAUGGAAAGGUAUACGUGACAGCAGAAAGCCGUUUCAGCACACUGGCAGAGCUGGUGCACCAUCACUCCACAGUAGCAGAUGGACUGGUGACAACUUUGCAUUACCCAGCACCCAAGUGCAAUAAGCCCACUGUCUAUGGAGUGUCCCCCAUCCACGACAAGUGGGAGAUGGAGAGGACUGACAUCACCAUGAAGCACAAACUGGGGGGAGGGCAGUACGGCGAGGUGUACGUCGGUGUCUGGAAGAAAUACAACCUCACAGUUGCUGUGAAAACAUUAAAGGAAGAUACCAUGGAGGUGGAGGAGUUCUUGAAAGAAGCUGCUGUGAUGAAGGAGAUCAAGCACCCAAACCUAGUGCAGUUGUUAGGUGUGUGUACCCUGGAGCCACCCUUUUACAUUGUGACAGAAUACAUGCCAUAUGGGAACCUGCUCGACUAUUUACGGGAAUGCAAUCGGGAGGAAGUGAGUGCUGUUGUGCUACUCUACAUGGCCACCCAGAUCUCCUCUGCCAUGGAGUACCUGGAGAAGAAGAACUUCAUUCACAGGGACCUGGCAGCACGGAACUGCUUAGUUGGAGAAAAUCAUGUGGUGAAGGUGGCUGACUUUGGCUUAAGUCGCCUUAUGACUGGAGAUACCUACACAGCUCAUGCUGGAGCCAAGUUCCCAAUCAAAUGGACAGCUCCUGAGAGCCUGGCCUAUAACACCUUUUCCAUCAAAUCGGAUGUGUGGGCCUUUGGGGUGCUGUUAUGGGAAAUUGCUACCUAUGGGAUGUCACCAUACCCAGGCAUUGACCUCUCUCAGGUGUAUGAUCUGCUGGAAAAGGGCUAUCGGAUGGAACAACCAGAGGGGUGCCCUCCAAAGGUUUAUGAACUGAUGAGGGCAUGUUGGAAGUGGAACCCACCAGACCGACCUUCCUUUGCUGAGACCCACCAGGCCUUUGAAACCAUGUUCCAUGACUCCAGCAUCUCAGAGGAGGUAGCAGAGGAGCUUGGAAGAACAGCUUCCUCCUCAUCCAUAGUUCCUUACUUGCCUCGGUUACCCAUGCUUCCCUCCAAGACUAGAACACUGAAGAAACAGGCAGAGAACAAGGAGAACAUUGAAGGAACACAAGAUACUGUGGAACACUCAACUUCCAGCUCAGCACCAGGUUUCAUCAGAAGCUCACAGCCAGCAGGCGGGUCUCCCGCGCUGCCCCGCAAGCAGAGGGACAAGUCACCCAGCAGCCUGUUGGAGGAUGCCAAAGAGACCACGUUCACCAGGGACAGAAAAGGUGGCUUCUUCAGCUCCUUCAUGAAGAAGAGGAACGCUCCCACACCUCCCAAGCGCAGCAGCUCCUUCCGGGAGAUGGAGAAUCAGCCCCAUAAGAAAUACGAGCUGACGGGUAACUUUUCAUCUGUUGCUUCCUUGCAGCAGGUGGAUGGGUUCUCUCUACCUCCCGUGCAGCAGGAUGCAAGCCUGGCACCACCCAAGUGCUAUGGUGGGGGCUUUGUGCAGAGGACCUUCUACAAUGAUGAUGGCACUGGUACCAGCAGUGGUGGGGGCAUAAGCACUGGUGGUGGGUGGUCGGGCAUCACUGGCUUCUUCACACCACGCUUGAUUAAAAAGACACUGGGUUUACGAGCGGGAAAACCCACUGGCAAUGAAGAAGCUUCAAAGCCUUUUCCAAGGUCAAACUCUACAUCUUCCAUGUCCUCAGGGCUUCCAGAGCAGGAUAGGAUGGCAAUGACCCUGCCCAGAAAUUCCCAGAGGUCAAAAAUGCAGCUGGAACGGACAGUGUCCACCUCCUCUCAGCCCGAUGAGAGCACAGGGAGGGCCAAUGACCUGCUUCCCAAAAGGUUUGAAGAAGGCCCUGCCUUGACCAGAGAGAGACCAAAAGCCAAACUCUUGCCAAGGGGCGCCACAGCGCUCCCUUUCCGAGCCCCCUCUGGAUCAGAAGAAAAGGAGGGUCCAGGGCUAGCAGCAGCUCCUAAGGGCAAAGAAAAAAACAGUGGCCCACGUCAAGUGGUCCCUGAGGAUGGCGAGAGACCGGGGUGGUCAUCUCCAGUAAAGGCUGCAGCAAUACUUCCAACCACUCAUAACCACAAAGUGCCAGUCCUAAUCUCACCCACUCUAAAACACUCUCCAGCAGACGUGCAGCUCAUUGGCACAGACUCUCAGGGUAAUAAAUUUAAGCUCUUAUCUGAGCAUCAGGUCACUUCUUCUGGCGACAGGGACCGGCCCAGACGGGUAAAACCAAAGUGUGCUCCACCUCCACCACCAGUGAUGAGGCUCCUGCAACAGCCACCUGCCUGCUCUGAGGCAGCAGAAGAGCUGAACAACGUGGCGGGAGCGCAGCAAGGACUGGAAUCCAGCGAAGGGACUAAGAAGGCGGCAGCAGCAGCAGCACCUGUUGGUGGAAAAUCUGGGAGGCCGGUGGUGCCUCCACCUCAAGUGCCUCUGUCCUCGUCUUCCACCUCCCCGGUGAAAAUGGCCAAUGGCUCGGCCGGAGCGAAAGUCACGCUACGAAAGACCAAACAGGCAGCUGAGAAAAUCUCCGCCGACAAAAUCAGCAAGGAAGCGCUGCUGGAGUGCGCGGAUCUCCUGUCGAGCGCCAUCGCCGAGCCCACGCCCAACAGCCAGCUGGUGGACACGGGGCACCAGCUGCUGGAUUACUGCUCAGGCUACGUGGACUGCAUCCCCCACACACGCAACAAAUUCGCCUUCCGGGAAGCCGUGAGCAAACUGGAACUCAGCCUGCAGGAGCUGCAGGUGUCCUCAACAGCUGCUAGUGCCCCUGGGGCAAACCCCGUCCUUAAUAACUUAUUGUCAUGUGUCCAGGAAAUCAGCGACGUGGUGCAAAGGUAG